GUUGUGGAACAAUCAGUCGAAGGAAUAUAUGAAGUCGAAUAUGUUGCUAUAAUAUAUAUUUACUUGUAUAUAACACCAACUCUUAUUAAUAUCUUGUCGAUUAUCCAUGCGUCACAAAAACCUGACACAGGCUUGGUAAAUGCAACAAUUCUUAAAGCCGAACGCGACGUGUUGAUUUCACGUGAGACUGUAAGUAGAGAUCAGAAACUGGUUGCUGAAAAACUUCGUCUCCAGUAG